AUGGAAACAAGAAAAUGUGAAGGAUGGUCACUUUAUUGUAUUCUUUGUUGGGAUUCAUCAACAGAAUCAUUAUCAAAAAUUAAAUCAAAUAUUUUUCUAAUAAAAUUGUUCUAUUCUGGUUUGGAAUUUGAUUUAAAUAUAGUUACACUUCCGUGGAAUGAAGAAAUAAAUAAUUUAAUGCCUAAAUAUGGACAUUUAAAUAUUAAUAUAAUUGAUAGUAUAAUUGAGCGUUUUUUAAAAGAAAUUGGAGUUAAUAGGUUAAUGGCAAAUAAAUGGGCUGAUAGAAGAAAGGGAAUGUUACUUGUACUUUCUGGUUAUCGAGCAAAUGUACAGGUUAUUAAUUUAUUGGGACAUUCUACAACAAUUUUCCGUUUAGUACUUAUGACAAUGAAAUUUUGGUUUCAAAAUCAUUCAAUAUAUGGAGGCAAAUUUGGUUUUAUAAAUGGCACAACUCUUGCAAUUUUAAUUUGUAAUAUUAUUCUUAAAAAUCCUCACAAUAAUUCCAUUAUCAAAAUAUUUAAAGAAUUUAUGGAAAUAUAUUCACAAAUAGACUUCCCACAAAUUAAUUUAAAUAAAACAAUAAUAAAACAAAAAUGGAUAACAGAAUUUGAUGAAAAAAUUAUUUGGAAUUCUGAAAAAGAAAUUUCUGAUAGAAAAGAACAUUUUAAAUUAAAUUUAAAUCCAGAAUUGGAAAAACAUACAAAAAUUAUUUGGGCAGUAAUUACUCCUUCCUUUCCUGAACAAAAUGCUGCUUUUAAUAUAAAUCAGUCUACAGCUACAAUUAUUAGACAUGAAUUAAUUGAAGGUAGGGAGGGGUUUUGUUUGAAAAAUAUUAAAAAUAAAUUAUUAAAUUUUUCAUAUUUCAUUUCAAAAUUUAAAUUUAUGUUAUUAUUUAAUCAUAAAAAAUUAAAAUAA